GGGGCAUCAGGCAAGCAAGACACAGAAUUAUGCCCAAGGCUAGGCAAGCAGCUCUAAGGGCAAGUGGAACUCCUGGGUUCUGACUGUGCAAACCCACUGGCCACCCAUCCUGGGACAGGCCAUCAGCUGGUACCUGCCCCGCCUGUGACUCACCCUGCUAGUGGCCAAAGGCCUGUAAACCAAGACACACUUAAGCCCUCCCUUUUUGCUCCCUCCUGGUUUCCGGGAAGUUCCUCCCUAAAUCAGGCCUGAGGUUUUCAGAGACUACUAGCCUAAGGGCUUCUGGGCUAGAAUCUUGAGCCAGCAGAUUGUGACAGGUCCGGAUCCAGAAUAUUCUAAUACUAGGCGGCUGCAACUACACACACACACACACACACAAUCCCAGGUUUCUGCUUCUCUUAGGACCACCAUGCCUCCAAAACGCAAGUCCACAGCACAGCAUAAGGGCCCUGCAAAAAAGAAGGGGCGUCAGGAGCCAGAGGACAACUUUCGGUCAACUGUGGAGGCGCUCAAGGCUGCUCCCACAGAGAAGCGCAUAGUUCGAGUGGAUUCAUCAUGCCCACUUAGCAGCAACCCUGGAACCCAGGUACAUGAAGACUACGACUGUACCCUGAACCAGACCAAUAUCGGGAAGAACAACAACAAAUUUUACAUCAUUCAGCUACUGCGAGAUGGCAACCGCUUCGCCUGCUGGAACCGCUGGGGCCGUGUGGGAGAGACGGGUCAGUCAAAACUCAACUACUUCAAGUUAUUGGAGGAUGCAAAGAAGGACUUUGAGAAGAAAUUUCAGGACAAGACUAAGAACAGAUGGGCCGAGCGAGACCACUUUGUGGCACAUCCUGGCAAAUACACGCUGAUCGAAGUGCAGGCUGAGGAGGAGACCCAGGAAGCUGUGACGAAGGUGGAUGGAGGCCCUGCCCACACCGUGCUUCAGCGGGUCAAGCCCUGCUCCUUGGAUAAGGCCACACAGCAGCUCAUCACCAACAUCUUCAGCAAGGACAUGUUCAAUGACUCCAUGAAGCUCAUGAACCUGGAUGUGAAGAAGAUGCCCCUGGGAAAACUAAGCAAGCAACAGAUUGCCCGAGGCUUUGAGGUCCUGGAGGCCCUGGAAGAAGUCCUAACAAGCUCUCCCAGCAGUUCGAACCUGGAAAAGCUGUCUUCUCAGUUCUACACCGUCAUCCCCCACAAUUUUGGCCGCAACCGGCCUCCGUCCAUCAAUUCCCAGGAGCUUCUGCAAGCCAAGAAGGAUAUGCUGCUGGUGCUAGCGGACAUCGAGCUGGCUCAGACCCUGCAGGCAGACUCCGAAAAGGAGGAGAAGGUAGAGGAGGAACCACACCCCCUGGACCGAAAUUACCAGCUCCUGAAGUGUCAGCUGCAGUUGUUGGAUCCGGAGGCACCGGAUUACAAGGUGAUACACACCUACUUGAAACAGACUGGCCACCAAUACAGGUGCCCCACACUCCAACAUGUCUGGAAAGUGAACCGAGAGGGGGAGGGUGACCGGUUCCAGGCCCACUCCAAGCUGGGAAACCGGAAGCUUCUGUGGCAUGGCACCAACGUGGCUGUGGUGGCCGCCAUCCUCACCAGCGGGCUCCGAAUCAUGCCCCAUUCCGGGGGCCGAGUGGGCAGGGGCAUCUACUUUGCCUCAGAGAACAGCAAGUCUGCUGGCUAUGUUACUGGCAUGAGAUUUGGCUCAAACUCCAUUGGCUACAUGUUCCUGGGAGAGGUAGCUCUGGGCCGAGAACACCACAUCACUGAGGACCAACCCAACCUACAGCAGUCGCCACCCGGCUUCGACAGUGUCAUCGCUCGAGGCUUCACAGAACCUGAUCCAACCCAGGACACCGUGCUGGAACUGGAUGGCCAACCCGUGGCUGUGCCGCAGGGUCCACCCAAGGUCUGCCCAGAAUUCCAGAGUUCCCACUUCUCCCAGAGUGAGUAUCUCAUCUACCAGGAAAGCCAGUGCCGCCUCCGCUACCUGUUGGAGAUUCGCCUCUGAGCUGCCGAGGCCCUGCCACGGAUACCUCAUUGCCUUCCUUCUUCCUGACUACCUUUGAGACCCCCAUUACCCUUUCUUGUAUCCAUAUUCCAUUUCCCUUUUGUGUCCCAGUCAAUAACCACUAAACCUCUCCCAUCUGUGGUAGCCCUGUCAAGGCUGAGGCCCCAGUGGUCAUGGGCCUCCCUCCAUGAUGGGUGGAUGGAUCAGGGACACAUGUGUGACAGCCUGGUUAAGGCUGUGAGGUAAGACAGGCUAAAGGGGGCUUGGUCCCACUUCUGCAUGGGCCAGUGAGUGCACUUCAAACAUGUACAGAAAAUCUAUUAAAUAUUGUAUUUGCUCA